AUGACGCAGGAGGACGCGUCACAAGGGGCAGACGGCGUGCAAAUACCCAAGGAGGGCACGCUGACGUACGACGGCCGCUACAGACGCUACAGCUUCUACGGAAUCAUAUUCGAGGUCCCCGUGCGCUACGUCCCACUCGUCCCCAUUGGCCGAGGCGCCUACGGCAUUGUCUGCUCUGCACGAGACGAGACAACCGGGGAGGAGGUGGCAAUCAAGAAGAUCGGCAAGGCGUUUAAUGACCGCACAGACGCCAAGCGGACUCUCCGCGAGAUCGUGCUCCUCCGCAACAUGAACCACCCCAAUGUGAUCGCCAUCAAGGACAUCAUCCGCCCGCCCAACCCACAGAGCUUCCAGGACGUGUAUAUCGUGUACGAGCUCAUGCCCACGGACCUGCACGAGGUCAUUCGGUCGGGACAAGCCAUGGACGAACGGCACUACAAGGACGUGUAUAUCGUGUACGAGCUCAUGCCCACGGACCUGCACGAGGUCAUUCGGUCGGGCCAGGCCAUGGACGAACGGCACUACAAGGUGCGUGGAGUGAGUGGCCGUGUGCAAGGCCUGGCGGUGCAAGGCGUGUGGCACUACAGGGUGAGUGGCUGCCACAACAAGGCGGGUGCGUGGGAGGCACUACAAUGGAUGACCUCUGCCAGCAUCCCUCCUGUACGGGCUUGCAUCCCGAGCUUGCAUGAGGUCAUUCAAUACUACCGCGCUCCUGAGCUGCUGGUGAACAACCAGCAGUACAGCGCGUCCAUCGACGUGUGGUCCGUGGCUCUGAUCUACCUGGAGUUGGUGCUGGGGCACAUUGUGCUCAAAGGGGAUAACUACGUGGACCAGCUCCGCAAGACCUGCGAGUUGAUCGGGUACCCCUCUGCAGAGGACGCCUCCUUCAUAGUCAACGAUGCCGCGCGCACCUUCCUGCUCUCAGAGCUACAAGGCUUCCCCGCGCGGAGCAUCAGGGACGUGUUUCCCAAGCUGUCAGAGCUCGGGGCGCUCAUCGGGUCCCCCUCUGCCGAAGACGCCUCCUUCAUAGUCAACGAUGCCGCGCGCACCUUCCUGCUCUCAGAGCUGCAGGGCUUCCCCGCGCGGAGCAUCAGGGACGUGUUCCCCAAGCUGUCGGAACCCGCGGCUGACCUGGUGCAGCGCAUGCUGGUCUUCGACCCGAGAAAGAGAAUCACAGUUCCCGUCCACGGUUCGCCUGACGAGCUGCUACUACUGCUCCGCCUUUCCCCUUCUCUCCCUUCUCUUCCACACACUUUCUACUGCAUUGGACGAGACACUGGCACAACCAUAGGUGCACUACCACACGGCCAACCAGCUCCCCCCUCGCUCUUUAAUUCCCCAAUGUUCACUCCGAGUGACCUGAGCCUUCCAUUUUCCCCUGUUUGCCCAUGCCUUUGCUCGCUCCCUUCCUCCUCAGUCUUCACUCUGAGUUACCUGGGCUUCCCGUCACCCCCGUUUGCUCAUGCGUCCUUCCCAACCACAGUGGACGAGGCAUUGACCCACCCGUACCUGGCUCACUACCACAGGGGGCGGCUCACUACCACAGGGGGCGGCUCACUACCACAUGGCCAACCAGCACCCGCCGCAUUCCCUCACCUCCCUCCGUCGUCCCCUAUCUUCCCCCUGCCUGUUCCCCAACCGCAGUGGAGGAGGCAUUGGCCCACUCGAACCUGGCGCACUACCACAAGGCCAACCAGGGCCUUCCUCACAACCCCCAACCCCCUCAACUUCCCCCUGUUUGCCUGUAUCUCUCCUCCCUACAGUGGACGAGGCAUUGACGCACCCCUACCUGGCAUACUACCAACCAAGACCCACCCCAGCUCCCCAUCUCCCCCCAGAUCCCCCAUUCCUCCCCAACCCUUUCUCCUGCAGCAGUGGACGAGGCACUUGGCACACUAUCACAAGUCCAACCAGGACCCGCCUCAUCUGAAUGCCCAUUGUCCACUCAGUGAUACCAGCCUUCCCUUCCUCUGUUUGCCCAUACCCUCCCCUCCUACAGUGGACGAGGCAUUGGCCCACCCGUACCUGGCGCACUACCACAAGGCGAACCAGGACCCGCCGCACCCAAACCCCUUCCAGUUCGACCUGAGCUUCGAGCAGGAGGAGUAUGACAUCCCCCGCAUCCGCCAGCUCAUCUUCGAGCAGGCCUGCGCCUUCAACCCCCAAUAA